GCUGGGGCUCUGCUGUCCUGUCCCUUCAGGGCCUGGCGGGACGGGACGGGGCAACCCGGAAGGACACAAGCCGCGGCCGCCUGUCUCCCUAGGACAGAAAGACCCAUCGUCCGGCCGGCCUUUUGCCCAGGCGACUGCAGCCAGGAUGGGCCGGAAGGUGACCGUGGCCACCUGCGCGCUCAACCAGUGGGCCCUGGACUUCGAGGGCAAUUUGCAAAGGAUUUUAAAGAGUAUUGAAAUUGCCAAGCACAAAGGAGCAAGAUACAGGCUUGGACCAGAACUGGAAAUAUGUGGCUACGGUUGUUGGGAUCAUUAUUACGAGUCGGACACCCUCCUGCAUUCGCUCCAGGUCCUGGCUGCCCUUCUGGAAUCUCCAGUCACUCAGGAUAUCAUCUGUGAUGUGGGAAUGCCCGUGAUGCACCGAAACGUCCGCUACAACUGCAGGGUGAUCUUUCUCAACAGGAAGAUCCUGCUCAUCAGACCCAAAAUGGCCUUGGCCAACGAGGGCAACUACCGAGAGCUGCGCUGGUUCACCCCGUGGUCCCGGAGCCGGCAAACAGAGGAAUAUUUUCUCCCCCGGAUGAUACAGGACCUGACAAAGCAGGAAACCGUGCCCUUUGGGGAUGCUGUCCUCUCCACCCGGGACACGUGCAUCGGGAGUGAGGUCUGCGAGGAACUGUGGACACCCCACAGCCCACACGUGGACAUGGGCCUGGACGGCGUGGAGAUCUUCACCAAUGCCUCAGGCAGCCACCACGUGCUGCGCAAAGCCCACGCCAGGGUGGACCUGGUGACCAUGGCCACCACCAAGAAUGGCGGGAUUUACUUGCUGGCCAAUCAGAAGGGCUGUGAUGGGGACCGGCUGUACUACGACGGCUGUGCCCUGAUAGCCAUGAACGGCAGCAUCUUUGCCCAGGGGUCCCAGUUCUCUCUGGACGACGUGGAAGUCCUCACCGCCACGUUGGAUUUGGAGGACGUCAGAAGCUACAGGGCAGAGAUUUCAUCUCGAAACCUGGCGUCAUCCCAGGGGCCUGUGCGGGUACCAGCGCUGAGGGGUUGUCCUUCCCAGGCCAGCAGGGUGAGCCCCUACCCCCGCGUGAAGGCGGACUUCGCCCUGUCCUGCCACGAGGACCUGCUGGAGCCGCUCUCUGAGCCCAUUGAGUGGAAAUACCACAGUCCCGCCGAGGAGAUCAGCCUCGGACCUGCAUGCUGGCUCUGGGAUUUUUUAAGACGUAGCCAACAGGCGGGGUUCUUCCUGCCCCUGAGCGGCGGGGUGGACAGCGGGGCCACCGCCUGUGUCGUCUACUCCAUGUGCCACCAGGUCUGCGAGGCUGUGAAGCGCGGAAGUCAGGAAGUGCUGGACGACGUCCGGACCAUCGUGAACCAGACCAGCUACACCCCCCAGGACCCCCGGGAGCUCUGCGGCCGCAUCCUGACCACCUGCUACAUGGCCAGUGAGAACUCCUCCCGGGAGACGUGCAACAGAGCCAGAGAUCUCGCCCAGCAGAUCGGAAGCCACCACAUCGGUCUCAACAUCGACCCGGCCGUGAAGGCCGUCGUGGGCAUCUUCAGCCUGGUGACGGGUAAAAGCCCUGCGUUUGCAGCUCACGGAGGAAGCAGCCGGGAGAACCUGGCCCUGCAGAACGUACAGGCGCGGGUGAGGAUGGUCAUUGCCUACCUCUUCGCUCAGCUGAGCCUCUGGUCCCGGGGCGCCCCAGGCAGGCUUCUCGUGCUCGGAUCUGCCAACGUGGAUGAGAGCCUCCUCGGCUACCUGACCAAGUACGACUGCUCCAGCGCAGACAUCAACCCCAUAGGCGGGAUCAGCAAGACGGACCUGAGAGCCUUCGUCCAGCUCUGCAUGGAGCGCUUCCAGCUUCCCGCCCUGCAGAGCAUCCUGGCAGCGCCGGCCACUGCCGAGCUGGAGCCCUUGACCCACGGACAGGUGUCCCAGACUGACGAGGAAGACAUGGGAGUGACCUACGCGGAGCUGUCGGUCUACGGGAGGCUCCGGAAGAUCUCCAAGAUGGGGCCCUACAGCAUGUUCUGCAAACUCCUCUACGUGUGGAAGGACGUCUGCACCCCCAGACAGGUGGCCGACAAAGUGAAGCGGUUUUUCUCGAAGUAUUCCACGAACAGACACAAAAUGACCACGCUGACCCCCGCGUAUCACGCCGAGAGCUACAGCCCAGACGACAACAGGUUCGACCUGCGGCCGUUUCUGUACAACGCCCGCUGGCCUUGGCAGUUCCGCUGCAUAGAAGCUCAGGUUCUCCAGCUGGAGAGCAGACAGCAUCAGGACCUGGACGGCGUGGACUGAGCCCGGGUCCUGCGCAGAGCGCUCCCCUCCCGCGAGGAUGCUCGUGCUACGUCUGCCUUGCCGGUGACUGUGCAGGAGUGGCUGGCGUGUCGACAAGCCCCGUCUGACAUAUUUCAGGGAGAGGGAUCUUUUCGGUCUAGUUUCUUUAAAAAAGGCUGAAAUACAAGAGGAUGCGAUUUUAAA